AGAUUUUUCUAUCUAUAAAUAGUAGGAGAAUUAACCUUCGUUAUUCACAACAAGCUUAAAAUUUAUAGCAAAAAAAAAAAAAAAGAAAAGAAAAGAAAAGAAAAGAAUGAAAAAAAUGGGAACCACAAGCGUUGUUGUGCUCGUCGUAAUUGGCAUUUUGCUUAGCAUUACCACAGUGGCAUUUGCUGCUGAAGGGACAGCCACCUAUUAUACUGCUCCUUAUGUUCCCUCAUCAUGUUAUGGAUAUCAAAACAAUGGAGUGAUGAUUGCAGCAGCAAGUGAUACAAUCUGGGGAAAUAGGGCAGCAUGUGGAAGAAUGUAUAGAGUCACUUGCACUGGCCCUACAAAUCAAGGCAUUCUAAAACCUUGUACUGGAAAAAGUGUUGUAGUUAAAAUUGUUGAUUAUUGUCCUCCUGGAUGCCAAGGGACAAUUGAUCUUUCUCAAGAAGCUUUUACCCAAAUUGCCAAUCGUGAUGCUGGCAAAAUCAAGAUUAAUUACAAUCAGGUCUAAAGGUCAAGGCCGCCUUGAUGUACUAGAAUAAAACUUCUAUGCACACUCUUGAAUAAAACAACUUCCAUGCGUGUAAACUACGAGUGAUAAAUAAAAGAAGCAAUUACUGUCUUAA